GUCGCCAUAUCUGUUGGUUACGUUGUGUGGCAUUAAUCAGCAUACAGACACAGGUGUAGUUUCGUCUUACUUCCGAUUGCGUUUGCUUCGUUCGUCCAUCCUUCUUCCUGCCCGUCUGUGUGCCUGCUUCUUCCUGUUUUCUCUCCGUAUCUGCAACAUUCACACAGAUAUACGUAUUCAUACACGCUCGCAACACACCAUUUUGAGGAACUAUUUUUUACUUUGUCAAGUCAACGAACGUCACGUGAACAACACACACAGGAGGCGAAUUUUUCUUUUAACCUUCACUCAGAGAACACUCUGGCCUCACCGACAUUUCACAGAGCUGCCGUAAAGUUGAAGAAGAAAAAGAGGAAAAAAAGGUAUGGCUAGCUGCCCAUCACCAACGUCCCCGACAUCAUCAUCAUCGUCAUCACCGCCAACAGCAGCAGUAGCAACAGCAGCAGCAGCAUCAGAUGCCAACCCGACACACACGACCAGUGUCGUUUGCCUGGUGGACGAAGAGGACGCGGUUUCGAAGCACCGUCUCGAUGCGUUACCGUCGCAGAAUGCCAGAAUUGCUGCAUGCCAGCCACGGGUUCGCGCCGCCCCUCCAUCAACGAUGAACGUAACCGACAGGACGGAAUCAGCAAAGAUCGCGGAGAAGACUACUUCUACACCCAGACGUGAGUUGAAUGUUGAUUGUAGUCGCCACGACAAUACUAGUUGUAGUAGUAGUAGUAGUAGCAGCAGCAACACCAGUAGCAGUCGUUAUUGCAACAAUAUGAACAGUAAUAACAAUAAUAUAAAUGGUGGCGAUGGUGGUGGUGGUGGUGGUGGUGGUGGUGGUGAUGGUGGAGGUGGAGGUGGUGGUGGAAAUGAUAAUGUUUGUAGUAGUGGUAGUAGUAGUAGUAGUAGUAGUAGUAAUGGUAGAUAUAUUAACAGCGUGAAUGGUGGUGCUGUCGCUGAUGGUUGCAGUAAUAGCAAUAGCAGAGAAGAGGUUGGGGUUUCGAGCUCGGCUUUACCCGCUUCGUCAUCGGUUGUUGUUGUUGUUGUUGACGAGAGAAUACCGACAACAAACAGGCGAUCGUCAGCGGCGUCAACAACAACAACAACAACAACCGCAACAACGACUACGACCACGGCAGCAGCGGCAGUUGCAGCAACAACAACAACAACAGCAGCAGCAGCAACAACAGCAGCAGCAUCAUCAACAUCGACAACAGUGGUAGCAGCAAACGAAGAUAACCCAAUGACGAUGUCGACGACGACGACGAUGACGACGACCAUGGCUACCAGUUCGAGCCCGUCUCGCCGCGUCAGCCCAGUUCCUUCGCUCGAUCUACGAAACCACCACCACCACCACCACGACGAAGAUGCGGUCACGCGUCGUCCAGCCUCCCAGAGCGACACGAGUACCACACCGACCACAACUCCGACGGCGGCGAUAAUGAGGACGCCACCGUCGCCUCGCUCGACAGUGAUUCUGCCUCUGCCCAGGGUUACCGUCACCUCGCCCUCGGAUCUCUGCCCGCCGAACCCCACGUCGACCGUGCAGAUAGAGUCUCAGAGUCAACAGACACCGCCCUCGCCUACGCUGCCACAGCAACAUCCCAGGUCCGUGGUCAUCGUUCCAUUUCCUACGACCCUUUCGACGGCUACCCAGCUCAGCCUCAACACGAUGGAACCACCGCCGCUGCCUAUGGACACGUCUGCCUUGCCACCGCCGCCUCCUUACGAAGGAUUCAUCAAAGAUGACGACGGCGACGGUGGAAUCCGCCGCACGCCUGAUGGCUACGGGCUCGCUCACCUGGAUAAUUUACCGUCCUACGCCGUAGCCACCGACCUGCCCACCUAUGAAGAGGCCGAAAUAGCCAAAGCUAAUGAAAUGCGUGAGAAUCGAGACCGGACCCACGGUACCAACGGCGCGCAGGUGCCACCUACGGGCCAACAGCAACAACAACAGCAGCAACAUAUGAAUUACCCCGAAGACGAAAGAGUUCCGAGUUACGAUCCCUAUCACCUGACCGGGGUGUCUCUCGGCACCGACUGGAUCUUCCUCUGUACGUUUGCCAUCUCAUUCUUGUUUAACUGGCUCGGCUUCCUCAUCUCCCUGUGUAUCACCAACACGGUAGCUGGUCGUUGUGGUGCUCUGUCCGGUCUUGGUUUGUCACUGGUCAAGUGGGUGGUGAUAAUGAAACACAACACGAUGGCCCAGGGCUUCAUGCAAGGUGAUUCCUGGGUCUGGUGGAUCCUCAUGAUCUGUGGUUUUCUCCUGUUCCUCAGAGGAUGCAUUCAAUACGUCAACAUGAAAUACGAAUGGAGAAGGAUUUUCGUCCGACUUCAACAAAUGUAUUUUUCGUGAAUAACCUUCACCUCGCCCCAUCCCAAAAAUUCAAAAUAGAAGG